AAGACGAAUAAAAAACGUUGACUAAUUAUUAAACCAUAGCAGAAGAAGACACAAUAUCUAUUUCAAUUUAUUUGACGGGAACCCUGCAAAAAAUAAAGGCUGGCCGAUCUCCGCCAAAUUUGAAUCAUCCACCACACUUAGCGGCGAUUCGAAGAUCCCGCAGAAAAUAAGUGGACGUGUCUGGGUGAAAACUAAAUUGCCAUCAGUCGAAGGAAAAGAAGGAAAAAGCAAGGGCUUGAUAAGCUAUGGCAGUGGCCAAUGGAGAUUCUUUGCACGGGGAGGUCAGAUCUUUUCGACACCUUACCCGCGACCGUUUGUUGCAGGAAAUGCUUCGAACAACCAAGGAGACAAAUUCAAAGUCAAUUUGGAAGGUGCUUAUCAUGGACAAAGUGACAACCAAAGUUAUGUCUUAUUCUUGCAAAAUGGCUGAUAUCACUGAGGAGGGCAUUUCAUUGGUGGAGGAUGUGAGCAAGCGAAGGCAACCUUUACCUGCGAUGGAGGCUGUCUACUUUAUUCAGCCAUCAAAGGAGAAUGUCAAGAUGUUUAUAUCUGAUAUGGCAGGGAAGUCUCCAUUAUACAAGAGGGCCUUUGUUUUCUUCAGUUCACCCAUACCGAAGGAAUUGGUCAAUCUUAUCAAAAGAGAUACAAGUAUUCUAUCUCGUAUAGGUGCUUUAAGGGAGAUGAACUUGGAGUAUUUCGCUAUUGAUUCACAGGGCUUUUCUACAGAUCAAGAGAGGGCUUUAGAACAACUCUUUGGGGAACACACUGAAAACACUCGAGAUUAUGAGGAUUGUCUUAAUACCAUGGCUUGUCGUUUGGCAACAGUUUUUGCAUCUCUAAAGGAGUUUCCACUUGUCAGAUUUCGUGCUGCCAGAUCAGCUAUGGAUGCCACAACUGCUACUACCUUUCGAGAUUUAGUUCCAACAAAACUUGCAGCGGCACUCUGGAAUUGUCUUAUUAAGUAUAAAUCUUCUAUACCCAACUACCCUCAGGCAGAAACCUGCGAUCUACUCAUUGUUGACAGAUCCAUCGAUCAAAUUGCUCCAGUGAUACAUGAAUGGACAUAUGAUGCCAUGUGCCAUGAUUUACUGAAUAUGGAAGGCAACAAGCAUGUAUAUGAGAUUACUACACAGACAGGAAAAAAAGAAAGAAAGGAGGUUCUUUUAGAUGAGCAUGAUCCAGUCUGGUUUGAAUUGCGAGAUCUGCAUUUUGCAGAGGCAAGCUUGAAGCUGCACGAAAAGAUGUCUCAAUUUGGUUCAAAGAACAAAGCUGCACAAAUUCGUCUUGGUUUAAGAGAUGGUAGCGAGCUGUCAACUAGGGACAUGCAGAAGAUGGUUCAAGCUUUGCCACAAUACAAUGACCAACUUGAUAAACUUAGUCUUCAUGUCGAUAUAGCUGCAAAACUAAAUGAAAAAAUUAAGAAGCAAGAAUUAAGUGAAAUUGGUCAUUUGGAGCAAGAUAUGGUCUUUGGGGAUGCAGGAACAAAGGAGCUGAUCAAUAUACUUAAGACAAAGGAGGAUAUUACUCCUGAAAAUAAGUUGCGAUUAUUAAUGAUCUAUGCAGCAAUUAAUCCAGACAAACUUGCUGGUGAAAAGGGUUUUCAGUGGAAGCAGCUUGCACGACUCUCAUCAGACGACAUGAAUGCAGUGAAAAAUAUGUCAUAUCUAGGAGCUUCAGUUUCCAAAAAACACUCAGGAGGGUUUUCCCUAAAGUUUGGGACAAAUAAGAAAAAGCAUGCAGUGAGAAAGGAGAGAAAUCAAGAAGAGGACAACUGGCAACUUGCUCGCUUCUAUCCUAUGGUUGAGGAAUUAAUUGAAAGCCUGAGCAAAGGUGAAUUAUCAAAAGACGAGUAUCCAUGUAUGAAUGAGCCAAGCACUAGUUCUCACUCUAGUCCCUUCCACUCUAGUCGGAUGGAUGCUGCUAGUGUGCGAUCUGCUAACUCACAAGCCUACUCUGUGAGAACAUCAAGGCCAGCUUCUACAUGGGCCAGGCCUCGCAACUCUGAUGAUGGCUAUUCAAGUGACUCUGCAUUGAGGCAUGCAACAAGCGAUCCUAAGAUACUAGGAAAGCGUAUAUUUGUAUUUGUCAUUGGAGGGGCCACUCGUUCUGAGUUGCGGGUUGCACAUAAGCUUACACAAAAAUUGAAACGGGAAGUUGUAUUGGGCUCAAGUAGCGUUGAUGAUCCUCAUCAGUUCAUCACGAAGUUGAAGUUGCUAACUGUAUUUGAGGACCUCUCGCUGGAUGAUCUUGAUAUUUGAUUCGAUACGGCAAUCUGGUGGAUAGCUACCAAAAAACCAUCGGCCAACUUUGUUGUUGCUUAUGAUUGAGUCGGUAUGAUUUGUUCGAAACGUUAGGUUAUUGGGCUACUUGCUGUCUAUUGUUGUAAUAUGAACUGUCCAUUCAUAUUUGAUAAGCUUAGUAAGAGCUUUCAUGGUGGGCAAUUAUGUAAUUAUAGGCACUGAAUGUGUUUUCUACCUGUGAAGUUAGUUUCUUUUCAUAUGGCUUGAAGAAUUUUAUAUUUUUAAUGUGAUGUUUGUAAACAAAGAGAUCAUAUUCAUGGAUCUAUAUAUAUAUGUGGCCAUGCUAUAUGUGGCGAUAAUGUAUUAUCACAUUCUUUAAAUAUCAAUUUUUGAAAUUGUUUGCAAAAGAAAGCAAUAUGGUGGUCGUAUUUGUAAUUGAGAGUGAAUGCUCGUAAACAUACGAGUCUAAAGGACUCUUCAUAUCAUCCAUGAACGUAUUUUUCUUUAAAUAAUCUUUCAAUUGAUAAUAUGGAACUUUGGUAGA